AACCUUUUGUAUUGCGUCCCUAUUAUCUCGAUAGAAGAUUUAAAUCUCUCGCAUAGUCACAUUCACAGGGUUUUCCACAACAUAGUUUUCUAUUUCUCGUGAAUCUCGUGAUAUUCAUUGCAGUUUUCACCGGUGUUUUAUAUCGAGUAUCAACAGAGACCUCAUAAUGGCAAACUGGCCAGCGAUCGGUUCCAUAAUCCUCCCCAACGUAGGCGGCUGGGUGAACGGCCUGUACUUCGCCGGCCAGAUCAAACGGGACAGCAACGAGAAGACCUGGUACGAUGAGCUGAAGAAGUCACCUUGCACCCCCCCUAAAUGGGUGUUCGGGCCGGCAUGGACUGUGCUUUACAGCGGCAUGGGAUACGCGUCGUAUCUGGUGUGGGAAGAGUGCGAUGGUUUCACACAGCGCGCCGUCCUCCCUAUGACUUUGUACGGGAGCCAGCUACUGCUCAACUGGGCGUGGACGCCCAUCUUCUUCGGCCUUAAGGACUUCAAACUGGCUUUGAUAGAAAUCGGCGUUCUCACCGGAGCGGCGACAAUCACCACAAUUUCAUUCGCCAGCAUAAACAAGACAGCUGGACUCCUAAUGCUGCCGUAUCUGGCGUGGCUGGGUUAUGCCACUCAUUUAACUUAUUACGCGUGGAAGAACAACCCUGAGCCCGUGAAGAUCACAGAGGUUAAGGACGAGAAGGAAAAGUAGAGAUAUCGACUCGUCAGUCAACGCUUACAGCCAUCGAACGUGUUAUAUUUUAGAUGCCUAUUUCCGCUAUAUGUCGUUGUCAAGCAAGUACUUAAGAUAUUUUUGUGAAUUUUAAGUGUCACUAUGAUUUUGUCGAAAUGUCGCAACGGGCGGUUUUAGAAAAUCGGAUCUUUUAGAUGUUUCAUCUGUUCGUUAUAUAUAACAAUGGGUAUUAUUACUAUGUCAUUUUAUAAAAGUGUGGGUUAAAAAACUAAGCAAUAUCAUAUUAUUGUACAACAUGAACAAUUAACUUUACCUAUGAAAAUUGUGUUCUAAAUCAAACUAGACAGAGAAAAAUAAAAUUAAAACCAUUUAUGGAUGUCCUAUUUUUGUGAGAAUACUAAGAUAGUUUAAAAAAAAUCAGGGACACAGGCAUUAUAAAUUUAAACUUAUUUUUUCAUUACCAAAGGAGUCAAAUACAUUAGUCUUAAGGCUUACUUUAUCAUACCUAGUUUAUAAGAUCCGAAGUGACCUUUUGCACAAAUAAGCAAUAAUACAUGUGUAUUUAAUAUGACUUAAAUAUUUUCCAAAAGUAACAUGUUAUGUUUACUCAUUCCUAUUGCAUUUAAACGGAACUGUCAUUUCGUUAAAAUUCCAAGUAAAUAUAAAUUUAGAGAUAAGUCUUGUCAUAAUGAUUAUAACUUCAUUAUAAGUACAAAAUGGCAAAUCAACAGACUUGGCGCACACACUACGUGCACAUAUUUUGAACAAAACUACGACAGUUGUCAAAAAUUAAUCUUGAAUAACUUGCAUGUUGUAAAAUAAGCUAGAAUCACGAUAAACUGUUUUUCUAGAAGUAUUUAUUUUUGAAUAUUUUAUUGUUUCUUGUUGCUCUAAUAAUAAAUGUACCUA